UAUAUAAAGGUAGGAAUCACUUUCAAAGCAGGUUGACUUGAGAAAUUUUCCUUCACUUUACAUACUUUUAUUCGACUCUAUGCAAACAUCAAACUAAGAAUGGCAAAAAUGAGUCUCUCUUCCUACAUAUUAAUACUAACUUUUUCUCUGUUUUCUCAAGGCAUUUUACUUUCAGCAUCCAAGUCCAUAAGAAAUUUAGAAGAUGACAUGGUAUUUAAUACAUUCACUGGGAAAGCUUUUCAGAAGGAUGAUACUCCUCAAAAAUCAGUCGUGCUUCCUUCUCUGGAACAAUACAAAAAUGAUGAGAGCAGUUUCAUGAACGAUGAGGAAAACAAAAAUUCAAAGAACACAGGCUCCAAACAUAAUUUCUUAAAUCAUGGUCUGCCACUGAAUCUGGCUAUAAAACCUUAUCUGGCACUAAAAGGAUCUGUAGCUUUUCCAGCUGAGAAUGGAGUUCAGAAUACUGAAUCAACACAAGAAAAGAGAGAAAUUGGGGAUGAAGAAAACUCAGCUAAAUUUCCUAUAGGAAGGAGAGAUUUUGACAGUGAGUAG